GGCUCCGGAGCGAGUCGGCAGCGGGCGGACUGUGACGGACGGCGGAGGAACCCGGUCGAGGUCUCUGCAGGGCUUCGGGCUCAGGUUCUCUCUCUGCGCUGUGGAGGAUUUAAAAAAAAAAAAAAAAACAAAGAAAGAAAGAAAGAAAAAAAAAUAAAAAACCAGGGAAGAAGAAAAGACAAAAUUCCAGGAUCUGCGACGCUUCCUCUGCCGGCUGAAGAGUCAGGUGUUGGCUGGAUGGAUUGAUUCCGUGGGGCAGCUCAUCCUGAAAGGAACACCCGUCUCCAGACCAGCCCUCGGCCCCUGGCCCCGGCCCGUCCAUCCACGAGAAUGAACUCCUCGCCCCACGGCUCCCGCGCCUCCAUCGACAUCCUGGAGGAACUUCAGCUGAUCGCUGCACAGAACCUGGAAAAACUGGACAUCAACAAAUACUAUGAGGUCGUCCGUGAACUGGGCAAGGGCACCUACGGGAAAGUGGACCUGGUCGUCCACAAAAUCAGAGGCACAAAAAUGGCCCUGAAGUUUCUGCGGAAGAAGACCACUAAGCUGAAGAGCUUCCUGAGAGAGUACAGCAUCUCCCUUUACCUGUCGCCCUGCCCGUUCAUCAUCAACAUGUACGGCAUCGCCUUCGAAACGGACGAGUACUACAUCUUCGCCCAGGAGUACGCUCUGGCCGGAGAUCUGUUCGACAUCAUCCCCCCGCAGGUGGGACUCCCGGAGACGGUGGCCAAGCGCUGCGUCCACCAGGUGGCCAUCGCCCUGGAUUACCUGCACUGUAAGAAGCUGGUCCACCGGGACAUCAAGCCUGAGAACAUCCUCAUCUUUGACAAAGAGUGCAGAAAGGUCAAGCUGUCAGACUUCGGCAUGACGCGGCGCGCCGGCUCCCCGGUGAAGCGUGUGAGCGGCACGAUCCCGUACACGGCGCCCGAGCUGUGCGACACCUCGCGGCACGAGGGUUUCUGCGUGGACUACAGCACGGACGUGUGGGCGUUUGGCGUGCUGCUCUUCUGCAUGCUGACGGGAAACUUCCCCUGGGAGAAGGCCAUGCCGAAUGAUGCCUUCUACGAGGAGUUUGUUCGCUGGCAGCGGCGUCGGACGGGCACGGUGCCUUCGCAGUGGCGCCGCUUCACUGAUGAAGCCCUACGAAUGUUUCGUAGACUCCUCUCCAUCGAGCAGGAGCGCCGCUGCUCCGUCAAAGAAGUCUUCAGCUACUUCAACCAGUGCUGGAUGUUGGACAUGGAGAACGGGAACAGCACCGGCAGCGGCGGCGGUUUGGCGAGCAGUGCUCCUCCUCUGGACAUCAGCUCGUCCUCGUCCGAAGAAGAUGUGUUAGUGGACAGACUGAAGCAGCAGAGCCUGUCAGCCGCCUGUGUGGCGGCGAAGGGAAACAUCAUGAUGGACACUCACUACUCCUCCAUGUCCACCAACAGCUCGCCGUCCUCCACCGGCAGCUACGAGCGGGUCAACCGGGAAAACAACGAAAGAGGACGCCUCCUGGUGGCCACGCCCAUUGAGAUCUGUGUGUAGAUGCUGCUGCUGCUGCUUUACGGGCGACCUGCUCACACGUGAAGCCGGUGUGAGCUGAAGAGGAAGAUUUUCUCCGAGCAUGGAACGAGAGGAGAAAAGUGAGGAAGGAAGUGUGGCGUCAGGAAACUAUCAGCAGUCUGACAUACGCUGUAGCUUCACUGCGGAUUCCAUCGUUUCUGAUGAAGACAAACUCCCAGUGAGACAAUCACGCGCUGUAGCCUCCUGAAUGUGGUCUAUACUGCAGAUACUGAAACGGGACAGGACAUGGACUCACCCGACUCACUGUUAAACAAAAAAUAAAAACUGGACGGAGAGUAAAUAAAAACAAAAAAAACAAAACAACAUAAUCCGUAAGCAAUAUGUUCAAAUGUUUGGAAAAACUCGAUCGCUGCAAAAACAAUCUGAAGAAGAAGAAGGAGGCUGCGAUCGGCUUUCUAGUAGAGGUUCAGUGCAUAAAAGACUGAUGGCACUAUUGUGUGUUUAUUGUAUUGUACCAUUUUCAUGUUUGGUAGAUACGUUUCUGUGAAGUGUGUGUUGUUGUUUUUUU